AUGCUUAAUAGAGUGGCAAUUCGCUCGCGCAAUGCUCUGCUAAGGAAGCCGUUGCUUCGGUCUUCUGUACGGCCGUCUCUGCUCACAUCACAACCAUCGCUACGCUUGCCAAAUCUUGUUGCGAAACGCUUCUCGUCAACCGAGCCAGUUUCGUCUGCACAAGACCAACAUGACUUGAUCGAGCGCAAACAGUUUGAGACCAAGCAGAAGAUACGCAAGCUGCCUCUGUCAUGUCCAGGCUGCGGUGCCCCUAGUCAGACCGUCGCUCCUGAAGAAGCCGGCUUCUACAACCUGAGUAGGUCUGCUGUCAAGAAGUUUGUUCAGGAUGAUGCCAACAAGGAGGACCUUGUCUUCCAGGCAACUCUGGACAAAGUCGACAACAAGGUCCUGCAAGAGCUGGGUUUAGACGGUGGAGCUAGUGCUGCCAAAGAACAACCACAGAAGCAAACUCCCAUUUGCGACCGAUGCCACAACCUCUUGCACCACCAUACUGGCGUCCCUAUCUUCCACCCCUCGAUCGACAGCAUCCGUAGCAUAAUCGAAGACUCUCCUCACAAGAACAACCACAUCUACCACAUCAUUGAUGCUGCAGACUUUCCUAUGUCGCUGAUCCCCAAUCUUAUGAAUCGCCUCGAUCUUCCUUCUUUACGCACCCAGAACCGCCGCUCCAAGCACAAGAAAUACGUUCGCAAUCGCGUUGCCGACGUCUCUUUCAUUAUUACUCGUUCCGAUCUCCUCGCUCCUAACAAGGAACAGGUUGACAGUCUGAUGCCAUAUCUCCGUGAGACGCUUCGUGACGCUCUUGGUCGCACGGGAAAGAACGUCAGACUGGGCAACAUGAGAUGCGUGAGCGCGAAGCGCGGUUGGUGGACAAAGCAAGUCAAGGNNGAAGACAUUUGGGACAGAGGUGGUGCUGCUUGGAUGGUUGGCAAAGUCAAUGUGGGCAAGAGCAAUCUGUUCGAAGUUGCUUUUCCCAAGGGGAGAGCACAACAGAAGCUUCCCACGCCCCAACCUAUGCAUUUGCAUCUAGAGCCAGAUGAUCUGUCAGCUCCUGGGGCUUUGACCGAGCCUUUGUCCGACUUACCUGAAGUCCAUGACACGGCCGUCGAUACUGCUGACUCGACAAGUAGUGCUCCUGAUCAUGCUUCGACCGACUCUCAACUAGAGACUGUUGAUCAGGACGAGCCAGACGUAUUCGACGUGGAAGAGGGUUCGCUACUUCCCCCUGCUCAAGUGGAGACCCCUUAUCCUGUCAUGCCUGUCAUCUCUUCUCUGCCUGGAACCACAGCUUCGCCCAUCCGUGUGCCGUUUGGAAACGGCAAAGGCGAGCUUAUCGAUCUUCCUGGCGUUGCGCGAUCCAAUCUUGACGAGUUUGUACUACCGGAACAUCACCAAGACCUCGUUAUGCGAUCACGCGUAGUACCUGACCAGAUGUCAAUUAAGCCUGGCCAGUCGUUGGUGCUAGGAGGUGGGCUCAUUCGCAUCACUCCUACAACACCAGAUCUGGUCUUCUUGUCCUAUACUUUCCUGCCUUUACACCCUCACAUCACCUCCACGGAGAAGGCCGUGGCUAUCGCCAGUGGCGAACGAGCCACUGGACUGCACACGACCAUGACCAAUGAAGCUCGGGAAGAGAUGGCAUCAGCGGGCACUUUUAAGCUCGAAUGGGAUGUCACAAGGCAGCGCGCAGGCCCGUUGACUUCAAAGUCCGCUGCCAAGUUGAAGCCUGAGCAGCUGCCUUUCAAGGUCUACUCAGCAGAUAUCUUGGUUGAAGGUGUUGGCUGGGUUGAACUUGUUGCCCAAGUACGAAAGUCGGCUCAGAACAAGUCUGCCUCUAUUUCACCUUCGAGCGAACCUACAAGUACCAGCCCACCGCCUACCCCAACAGACUCCGGAACUGCAACAUGGAAGCCAUUGUUUACACCAGAGGAGAAGAUUGCACAAAGCACUUUCCCACAAGUCGAAGUGUUUUCACCCAAGGGUAAAUUCAUAGCCGUCAGACCUCCUAUGAUUGCUUCGUUGCUUGGUGGUAAGAAGGCUCCAACAGCAAACACACGGAAGGGCAGACCCAGGUUAAGCAUGAAGAGCUUGAAGCACAGCCAACGUGGUAGAGAAGCCCAGAACGAGGGCUGA